CUUGAUAUUAUUAAAUAUCUUAUUUCUAUUGGAGUCGAUAAAGAAUCAAAAAACAAUUAUGGCGAAACAGCUCUCACUUGGUCAUCAAAAUAUGGCCAACUUGAAGUUGUAAAAUAUCUUAUAUCUAUUGGAGCAGAUAAAGAAACAAAAAAUAAAUAUGAUGAAACACCAUUGAUUCGUGCAUCAGCAUAUAAUAAAAUUGAAGUUGUAAAAUAUCUUAUCUCUAUUGGUGUUGAUAAGGAAGCGGAGAAUAAAUUUGGAAGAACUUCACUCAUUUAUGCAUCAGAAAAUGGUCAUCUUGAAAUUGUUAAAUAUCUUAUCUCUAUUGGAGCUGAUAAAGAAGCGAAGGAUAAUGAUGGAGAGACUUCACUCAUUUAUGCAUCAGAAAAUGGUCAUCUUGAAGUUGUUAAAUAUCUUAUUUCUAUUGAAGCUGAUAAAGAAGCGGAGAAUAAUGAUGGAGAGACUUCACUCAUUAUUGCAUCAGAAAAUGGUCAUCUUGAAGUUGUUAAAUAUCUUAUUUCUAUUGGAGCUGAUAAAGAAGCAAAAGAUAAUAAUGGAAGAACUUCACUCAUAUGUGCAUCAGAAAAUGGUCAUCUUGAAAUUGUUAAAUAUCUUAUCUCUAUUGGAGCUGAUAAAGAAGCGGAGAAUAAUGAUGGAGAGACUUCACUCAUUUAUGCAUCAGAAAAUGGUCAUCUUGAAGUUGUUAAAUAUCUUAUCUCUAUUGGAGCUGAUAAAGAAGCGAAGGAUAAUGAUGGAGAGACUUCACUCAUUUAUGCAUCAGAAAAUGGUCAUCUUGAAGUUGUUAAAUAUCUUAUUUCUAUUGAAGCUGAUAAAGAAGCGGAGAAUAAUGAUGGAGAGACUUCACUCAUUAUUGCAUCAGAAAAUGGUCAUCUUGAAAUUGUUAAAUAUCUUAUCUCUAUUGGAGCUGAUAAAGAAGCGGAGAAUAAUAAUGGAAGAACUUCACUCAUAUGUGCAUCAGAAAAUGGUCAUCUUGAAAUUGUUAAAUAUCUUAUCUCUAUUGGAGCUGAUAAAGAAGCGGAGAAUAAUGAUGGAGAGACUUCACUCAUUAUUGCAUCAGAAAAUGGUCAUCUUGAAGUUGUUAAAUAUCUUAUUUCUAUUGGAGCUGAUAAAGAAGCAAAAGAUAAUAAUGGAAGAACUUCACUCAUAUGUGCA